AUGUCCCUGCAGGCCAUGACGCACAUCGCACACUAUCACGAUGACCAGCAAAUCGUCUAUCCGACUCUCGACCAGAAAUCCUUCCAUGCUCCCCCUUCCUCCAAUCCGGACGAGUACUUGACAUCCUACCCGUCGCACCCACAUUCUCCCCGUGCGGAAUCGCAUCCGCCUCGCUCCCUCUCCAGCGAUGCCCAGAGCUCCGGGGAGAACUCGCAGUCGUCACGGCGCUGGUCGAACGGACCUGCGUCGCUGUCCAGUUCUACAAUGGCAUCGUCCCUCAAUGCCAAAAUGAUAAAAGCCCAGAGCGUUCAACCCGCACAACCUACUUUCCCGGCAGCCGCGAUCAUACUCGCAACCAGGUCACAGCCCGCGUCGAUGUCGGAUCAUACUAGAGCGCUCAGCUGGAAUGAGCCAAGGGAGUGGGCGCAGGCAAAGAAUGAUAUGGCCCUGGGGCGAUUAGCGAUGGAGCCUGUCUCGCCGCAGCCGAGGACGCAUGUCUCAGUGGUGGAUACGGACGGCGAUGAUGAGUAUGAUGAGGACGAUGAUGACGAUUACGACGAGGCCGCUGGUGCCUCGGAUCAUGAGAAUGCUUUUUAUAUUCUUCAAUAUACUAAUCCGAUAUUCUGGCACAGCUACGUAUUUCAUUCGUCGUCCCACCGUUUGCCAUCUUCGCCGCCCUUUACGCCUUCUUUGUUGUCUUAUUUCUUCUCUUUGCUACUCCGCUACGACUAUGCCCGCCCACAACCUUCUUCAAGUCACCACAUACCUUCUCCACCCAAAUCUGCCAAACAAUUGCCCCUCUCCAUUCAAUCCAUCAGCGUCUUAUAUCAACCCCUACACGUUCUCAAAGACGUCGAGAUCGCCAUCCAUACCGCCAAUCUGAGCCGCAACCACCUCCCCACUCUCGCUCCAGACCUCGCUCCUCCGAAAGCCCUCACUAUGACACCUUCCAACAUGACCAACACCCAACCCCCUCCCCUUGCGCCAGCAACUAUUCCAUUCCCGGCCUCAUUUGCGUCCACCUCCUCUCGCCAUUAG